GAAAACACGCAGUCCUACGGACCUACGUGCAGUGGAUCCAUCCUACGUAACGGAGUAACGCAACUUCCGCACGCGGAGCAUUCUGGGAUUUUAACACAGGGCUGGCGCAACUGAUCUGCUAGCUGACCACUUGAAAUGGACGUGUUUUUGAUGAUUCGGCGUCACAAAACCACAAUCUUUACAGAUGCCAAGGAAUCCACUACAGUCUAUGAGCUGAAGCGAAUUGUUGAAGGAAUUCUUAAAAGACCACCUGAAGACCAACAACUUUACAAAGAUGACCAGUAUUUAGAGGACAGCAAAACUUUGGGGGACUGUGGUUUCACCAACCACACAGCCAGACCUCAAGCUCCAGCCACAGUUGGCCUGGCCUUCCGUUUAAAUGAGGACAUGUUUGAGCAGCUGCAUAUCGAGGCCUUUUCCAGCCCCCCCGAACUUCCUGAUGUGAUGAAGCCCCAGGAUUCCGGCAGCACUGCAAACGAACAGACGGUGCAGUGAUACUGAGGAGGAGGCAGGGUCGGAGGGGAGGAUGGAAGGAUGUGCGAGCGUGUGGAUUAACUGCAGCGACAACGCUGCGGGGGCAGAGGAAAUGUAAUAUAAUUUCAGUAAAUGGUUGGGAAGAUAAUUUGGGUAACGACGUUCAGUAAAGUUACCUUCAUGCUAUGAUCCCAGCACUCCUAAGCAAUCUGCUUCACAAAGAUAUUUUUAACUCUUUGUUUUUCACACAUGCAGUGCUGCUUCUCCACUCUUGCUCUUAAGCACCCACUACUCGAACAUGUUGAAAGGAGACAUUUAAAAAAAAAAAAAAGUGCGAGUUGCAUUUGUGUGCGUGCCUGUGUAUGUAUGUAUGGGGUGGGGUAUAACUAUUGUCAUAAAAAUUGCUGAGAGGGUUGAGGUGUAGUCGUGUCAGUGCUUUAGAAGUAACAUGCAUGAAUAAGAAACAUUUAAAACAACAGCUGCAAAAUCUCAGAAAUAUUUUUUUUUUUUUUUUUUGCGUAUAGGCCUCUCCACGUGCCUCUCCUACUUCUGUUGUAUAUUUGGUUUGACUUCAUAAAAGAAAAGAACUUUAUGUUAUUGUUACUUUUUUUUUUUCUUGUUGUUGUGUUCUGUGUUUUACAUCUCAGUUCUUUGUGUGUUUCAUGCACUGAGACCAUGCCAGAUACCUCUUACACAGCAGAGGGACUUGUUGGUCAGAGGACUCUUUGUCUAUGACAUACAGUAAACACCAGGGAAGCAUUUUCUUAUGUUAAUCGUUAGUUUUUAAAAAGAACUGCAUAAGUUAUGUCACAAUUGCCAGUUUGGCACCUUUUUCUAAUCACAUAGUCUGUAACUGUAAGUUUGCUUAAUUAAAUGACUUUUUUUGUU